AUGUCUGAUCAAAUUUUAGAAGAUCAUAGAAACUCAUCUUUAAGAUUAAUAGUAGAGGGUAAUUAUUAUCUAAUUCUUAGGUAGAGAUAAUUUUUUAAACACAAACGAUUUUAAAGUAAAGUAAUAGAGCUACUCAACAAUGAAAAAAGGAUGUGAAGGACUUUUAGUGUAUUUAAGAAAUGAAAAAGAUUAGAAUAUUAUAAUGUUAAUAAGCGAAUAGCUAAAUAGAUAUAUCGAAUAAUUAACUAAAUUUUCUUAAGAGCUAAAAUAAAAUCAAUAGAGUGAUGAAAUUGAAAUUGUUUUUGUUUAAAAAUAAGAACUUUUAUAUACGUAAGAUUCUGAAAAAGAUAUUUAAGUAUUCAAUACAUAAUAUGGUUAAUAUGUUGAAAUACAAUUAAAUACCUAUAAUUAGAGAAUUUAAAUAAUUGGAUUAGAAUAACAAAAAUAAAAAUUAAGAGAACAUAUUGGUUUACCAAUAUUAUUUCCUAAUCUAUUUUAAGGGGCACGCAAGUUACAAACAUCAAUUCUAUUAUUUGGAGUAAAUAUAUUUUAUUAACUUAAGCCUAAAGGUUCAGGUAAAACUGAAUUAAUAAGAUAUUUAGCCUCGGAAUGGAAAACUCUUUUAUUAAUAGUUAAUGUUUCUAUGAUUAUAGAAAUUGGUGAAUAAAUAAAAAUAUAAGAAUUAAAAAAUGAAAUAGAAUAAUUAAUAAAAAAUAAAUCUUUUAUUAUUUUGCUGUAAAAUUUAGAAGAUUGUCCAAAUCGGAAAAGUUUGCUUAAUUUUUUCGAGAAAUAUAAUCUUAAAGAAUUAAUAGAUAAUGGGAAAUUAGUAUCAAAUGUGAUUGGUUGUUCUAGUUAACCUUGGAAAAUACAUCAUUCAAUUAGAAGGAUGUAAAAUAAAAUUAAUUAAUAAAAGUUUUGAAAAUAGAAUAGAAAUUAACUUAAUGUCUCAAGAUCAAAGAAUAGAAUAUUUAAGUUUAAUGCUGCUUUAAAAAGAACAAAAUAAAUUGAAAUAUGAUUAAAUAGUUGAAAUAGCUAAACUUACAAACAAAUUUACAGGAUUAGAUCUGAAAAAUUUGAUUUAACAAGCUAUAAAAAUUCAAAGUAUCAAAAAAUUAGAGAACAAUGAUGUAAAAAUUAUAUAAUAUUAGAGUAAAAUAUAUUUUCUAGUGUUUUGGAUAUACUUUAAACUUUUCAGAUUUCCGUAUCAGAUAAUGAUUUUUUAUAAUUUAGAUAAUGGAGAGAAGAUUUUUGUUUGUGA